AUGGAGUCAACAGAAGAAUUUAAAGCAGCAGUAUCGGAAAGUGAUCACUAUGAUACACAUUCAGAAAAGGAAAAAUCAUCAAACUUAAUAAACCAAGAUUUAGAUUCCAAUUCAAAUGAAACUCAUUCGUUUUUAGGAAUGACAGGUCCAAAAUUAAGUUAUGCAAUAUCAACAUUUGCAGGAGUUGGAUUUUUACUAUUUGGUUAUGAUCAAGGUGUAUAUGGAAGUUUAUUAGCAUUAGAUUCAUUUGAAAGACAAUUUCCAGCAAUAAAAGCUUCAAAUAAUAGUACUUUACAAGGAGCAGUUAUUGGAGUAUAUGAAUUAGGUUGUUUAGUUAGUGCAGUAUCAACGGUUUAUCUUGGUGAUAAAUUAGGUAGAUUAAAAUGUAUGUUUUUAGGUUGUGUUAUUGUUUUAAUUGGUGCUGCUUUACAAGCUUCUGCUUUUACUGUUGUUCAUUUAGCUAUUGCUAGAGUUAUUACUGGAUUUGGUACUGGUUAUUUAACUGCAACUGUUCCUGUUUGGCAAGCUGAGUUGAGUAAAGCAAAAUCAAGAGGGAAAUUAAUUAUGAUGGAAGGUACUUUAAUUACUUUAGGUAUUGCUAUUUCGUAUUGGAUUGAUUUUGGAUUUUAUUUUAUUGAUAGAAAUGGUAAUGAUACAAAAGGUAUAUCUUGGAGAAUUCCAGUUGCUUUACAAAUGAUUUUUCCAAUAAUGUUAUUACCAAUAUUAUUUAAAUUACCAGAAUCUCCUCGUUGGUUAAUGACUCAAGGUAGAGUCAAAGAAGCAAGAACUGUUUUCAGUGCAUUGUUUAAUUUACCAGAAAAUGACGAGAAAGUAACUGCUCAAUUAACUGAAAUUCAAAGUGCAUUAGAUUUAGAAAAUGACGCAGGUGAAAAAUUUCAUUUUAUGGACUUAUUAAAGCAAGGACCUGCUAGAAAUUUUCAUAGAUUAAGCAUUGGUUGCUGGUCACAAAUAUUUCAACAAAUCUCAGGUAUCAAUUUAAUUACAUAUUAUGCGGGGACCAUUUUCCAAAAUUAUAUUGGUAUGUCACCUUUUAAUUCAAGAAUCUUAGCAGCUUGCAAUGGAACUGAAUACUUUUUGGCAUCUAUACUUGGUAUCUUCUUGAUAGAGAGAGUUGGAAGAAGAAGACUUUUGUAUUUAGGAGCUAUUGGUCAAGCAUUAGUUAUGAUGGCAUUGACAAUUGCAGGUUGGAAAGCUAAACAAGCUAAAGACAGAGGUGAAUCAGGUACAUCUGCUGGAGUUGCUGCCGCAUUCUUUUUAUUCGCAUUUAACAGUUGGUUAGGAGGAUCAUGGUUGAUUGCAAGUGAAAUAGGAUCUUUACAAUCUAGGUCUUCAAUCGCAGCACUUUCUACAGCUUCAAAUUGGGCUUUUAAUUUCAUGGUAGUAAUGAUUACACCAAUAGCUUUUGAAUCAAUAAAUUAUUACACCUAUACAAUCUUUGCAGUUAUAAAUGCGUUGAUGGCACCAGCUGUUUUUAUAUUUUUUCCUGAAACAAAAGGUAGAAGUUUAGAAGAGUUGGAUUUCAUUUUCAAUCAAUGUCCAGUAUAUGAACCUUGGAAAGUUGUAUCCAUUGAGAAAAACACUCCAAGGAGGCAUUAUGCUGAGGAUGAUGAUGAUAUUGAGAAGGCUAAUGUUGAACAUAUAGAUAAUAUUGACUCUCACAGUUUAAUGACUAAGUAA